GACACCAGCGGAGUCAGUUUUGUUUGAAUUACAUAUAUAUACAUUAUUUUGUACAUUCUUUCAUCAUAAAUUUCAAGUUUUAAAUUUUUAAAUCAUUGAGAAAAAUGAAAAUCAGGAUUUUUCUAUUCAUCUUACUUGUGGUCGGUCUUGAAGCUGCAUCAAGAAGAAGAAAUAACUUAAAGAGUCAACUUCGGCAACUACUCUUCCCAAAGUCAGGAGAGAACGCAUGGGAUGACACAGGGUUUGGAAAAGUAGAUGAAGAAAAGAAGUCGCAUUAUGACCUGCAAAAUGUCAAAUUAAAUUCAAACGAACAAGCGGAGACAUUCAUUGAUAAUUCAUCAGCACAGAUUGUAUCAAAUGUACGACAAUCUUAUCCAGAAAUCUCAGAUCUUAAUGCAAAUCAAUUUGAACAAACUGCAAUUCCGAACUUACUAGCAGAAUCCGAUCAGGCAAGACCAGAUGAUGAUCAGAUGCUCAUACCUGGCUGCUUAGCCACUCGAGGACAGUUUCCAAGUCCAAAUAAUUGUGCCAAUUAUCUUAACUGUUGGGAAAAUACAGUAAUUGAACAGCAAUGUCCAAACGAUUUACUUUUUAAUGAAAUGACUGGCUUAUGUGACUUUGAACAAAACGUCAAUUGCGGCGAACGGCCUGGACCCACUCCAAAACCAACAUUACAGCCCUACGCCCGUAGAUGUCCAGAUCCUAAUGGACGUUAUAGAAGUCAAACAAAUUGCUCGGAAUUUUAUGUAUGUCUUGUAGGAAGUCCAAUUAAAUUUAGUUGCCCCCGGGGACUGGUUUAUAAUGAUCGGGUCAGUGUUUGCGACUAUCCAUAUAAUGUUGAUUGUCAAGGCGCAGUAACGCCAAUGCCAAUUUGGUCUGACCCAGUCGAAUAUCCAGAUAAUUCAGAAAACUCUUCGAAUGAGUAUUUCUCAAGUAGUUCUUCUAUGAAUUUCGGUAAUUCAUCUACAACAGGGAUAUCUGACAGUUCUUACUCUGAUGGAUCUCAAUUCCCAGAAACAUCACGAAAGCCACCUCAAACGACAUUCCCAUCUGGGCCUUAUCCUCAAAACUUAUGGAAAUUAAGAUCUUUAUCAGAAAUAGAGAAGCAAAGAUCUAUUACUAUACAAUCCGACAAAAACAAUCAAUAUCAGUCCGAAGAUGGAGUUACUCAAAACACUACUAGUUAUAUUCAGAAAGAUCUUAUAGAUGCUUCCGUAGUAUAUAAUCAACAGAUGACUGAACAUGUUAUUCAGAAUGAGUCGAUGAAACUUUCAUGUGAAAACGGGAAAAUUCUACGACUGGAUGAUACAUGUUCCAAUGUUGUUGUUUGUAAAAAUCAUAAACCACAACUUAUCACAUGUGAUCCAGGUUUUACUUACGACUUACAACUAGAGGCUUGCCAAAAUCACACGACUGCUGAGUGUAGUGUACUGACCUUCGGAAAAUUUUAUGAAUAAAAAAAAAACUUUUUUUUUUAACAUCACAGUUUAUAAGAAAAUUAACACGUU